CAAAAUUGUCCUAACAGAAGAAUAGUCACGAUAAAAUGUCAUCGAAUAUUUGUUCUAUAUCAUGCGUCAUUACGACAGCACCACUUUCGUUACUUAAAGGGCAGACAUUAUCAGAUACUGCUGUUGAAUUCAAAUCACGUUCAAGACUGUCCCGAUAUGACCGCUUUUGCAAAACCUUAUAAAUUGUCGAGGUGACUCAUUUAUCGUUUUACGACCUUCUUAUGAAUUGCGGUACCCUUAACACUUCUGGUGAUCCCCUUAAACAUCUUCUUAAGCUUAGUCACAACACUAACCUAAGAGACUGCAGACACAAAAUCUACUCCGUGAGAGUUGUCAAAUGCUGUGAUUUACUGUUAACUGAGCUAGUCCAAGAGACUUUCCAGGAGUCCUUUAAGAGGAAACUUGACCUAUUCUUAAGGACUAAGGAUGACAUAUUAUUAUGAUUUACCAAAUUCUUUUUUCCCUCUAUUAUCGUUAAUAUACCUAGGUUCUUGCCUGGAGGUAUCGGUGAUCCACUGCUGCUAAGCACGGAAGCCCGUUAAGCGAAAGCUUCUAUUCCGUCCACAACCGUUUGAACUAUUUGACCUCCAAGUGCUCAGUAACCUUCAAAAGUGGACGAUACACUAAAUCUGUGCCGCUUCAGAGUACUUCAAAUAAUUCAGAUCCUUGUGAAAACGUAAUAGUGUUUUAUUAUUAUUGGGUUGGAUGCCAACUCUAUAUAUGUUCACAAUUUUGUAUAAUCCACUGCAAUAACGUGAAUUUUUCUUGAUAGUUCUGCUGUGUUGAUGUUUGUGGGACAAAUCAUGCCAAAUAAUCUGUUUAAUUCCUGUGCUUUUGCAAAUGUGUCAACAAGAUUUUCCUUAAAAAUGAUGUCUACUUUGGUGUAUCGUAACAAAAAUCCAAGAAAUCUUGAACUUCUUGGUCUGGCACCGAAAACAAAAGGUUGGGAACUCCAGGCUCCACGAAAAGAUUUCUGGAAUAAAGUAGUCUUAAAUAGAGAACCUCAUAAUACAACUGGUCUUGUUGUUCAUGCUUCUUCAAAAGUGUUAAUCUCUGCUUCAACUAAAGAAGUUAGCAUCAGAAAACAUUUAUAUAGUUGUAUUGACGUUUCAGCUGCAGAAAAUAUUGGAAGAGUGUUAGCCUUACGAUGUCACCAAUGCGGUCUCACGGAGUUAUUUUCAGAAACAAGCGAGUUCCAUAAAGAAAACGAAAGCACUAAGGCUUUCUACAAGUCCUUGUUGGAUGGUGGUAUACAACUGAAGGAGACAUCGCAUAUUGAAGAGUUGGAUGCCAUCGGGAUAGAUUAUGACAGUAUGUCAGAUGAAGAAAAACGUGUCAUGUAUCCAAGCCUUAUUGAAACACUUCGUACUACACCCGACUGGGAUGACAUCCCUUAUCCGUAUUCACUUAGACCUAAAGCAGGACCAUAUAAACUGAGAAAUCGUUAUCAAAUCCUUUCAAAAAUCCGUCAAGGUAUGGUAUGGGAUCCAUAUUACUCAAGAAUGGUGCAUCCACGAAACAAAGCUUAUUGGCAGCACGAAUAUGAAGAGUUGCAAAAGAAAAAACUUGAAUCUUUGGGAGACUUGAACAAGAGUGAAGAACCAGUCAAAACAAUUGUUCCAUCUAAGUGGCAGUUAAUGUAGAACAGUGUAACUAAUCUUUUAUGGGAAUUUAGGUUGUAUACAUACACCAAUGUACAUAAAAUAUGAUUUUUCUGAUACAAAGUUUUCAUUUCUUCCUCAUUUUAAUUUAUCGUAAGUUAUUUAUCUUUACUUUUUGGUUGUGGUAUCUUCCUGACACUUUUUAGUCCGCUCAUUAAGUUAUGGAUUUUAGCCUUAUUCAUUCAGUACUGAAGUUUGUAAAGGGGGUUUAUAACUUAGUUGAUUUUCGUCUUUCUUUCUUCAGUGGUAAUGUCUUGGAAUCCUAACUCACGCUUUUUCACUUGAAGGUUUCAGUUUUCCUUUGAUUACAUAAGAUGAAAAUGAUAUUGAAAUAUAAUUCCCCACUUAGUUACGUAUAUCAUACUUGAGUUAACCCCAUUGUGGAAUGGCGGUAGCGGAAUAUCAAAUACGAGUUUUUUGGGAGAAUUUAUUUCAGGCAUUGGUAUACGAGCAUAAAAACCAUAAAUGUAAACCAAAUUAACGAAUUCGGGGUGACAGUCAUCAGCCUUCUCGAUAUGGGAAUCUUUUAAUGGGUUUGUAUCUAAUUCACAAACAAAGCACACAAUAACAUACAUAAGUUUAGGUAAAAGUGACAAAAAUGACAGAAUUACAUGCAUAGAAGGCCGUCAUUAAGUGUGUGAAGUUUGUUUGAUUUAAUGUUACAACCUACUCUUCACUUCUUUCCUCCUAUGAUUAAUCAAAAAUACAGUUUAAACCCCGUUAAUGAAGAGUCUACUUUCAACAAUGCGGUAAUUUUUUUAAUAUAAUGUCAAUUUUCCAUUUUAUGCGUUAAUUUGUCUACGGAAAUUUAUCAUAAUAACUGAGAAAAUGCAUUAUCUAAAUCUCACUCUUGUAGAACCUCGUACUAAUAAUUGAGUCGGUCAACUGGAUCUUUACUAUGCUAUACAUGAUAUACAUUUUGUACGAGAGUGUGUAUGCAGAAUUUUCUGUUUAGAUUGCAAAAUGUAUGACUGGACCGUUAAUAAUAAUCUACAUAGCACAAAAAUAUAAACAUGCAGCCGCUCAUGAUUAUGAUCUGUCAGCCACCUUUUAGCUGGAUAAAAUCCAUCUAUCAUCUACAAAUGAACGGAAGACUCACAGCCAAUGGCUUUUUGAAACUUUUAGAUACGGUGUAUUUCGUGAAACUUUUCUCGUGCUGAUGAAUAUUUUGUCGGUCACUGUGGAUGGCCUUUCAUAGUGCACAUGUGUUUCACUUAAAAGUUCUUUUUGUAAUGGCUAUCAUGGAUAACAUAAUGAGAGAACGUUUAACUUACAUAAUCUAUUAAUUGUCUAAUAACCUCUUAUUCUGUCGGAAAUCCGAUAUGUGGGUGAGAAUGAUAAUGAUUGGUUGUUUUGCUUAGUCAGACAUGUAGAUAGUGUGACAGGUGUUAAUUUGUUAUAUAUUCCCCUAUCCUUAGUACUUAUUAAUAUUAUUAUUGAUCAAUUCUUAUUUGUUGUUGGAUUGUGUCGGAUUUGGGUGUGGAAAUAUAUUGACGUUCUAGUCAUGCUAAUCACCUGUUCUUGAUAUGAGUUGUGUUGAAGCGCUGUAGAAUAGACACUGGGAGGGGAUCUAGUGUAGAUAUUCGUCUGUGGCAAAUUAACGUCCCACAUACGUGUGAAAAGUGAAAGGACUGUUUUAAAAAGAAAAUCUAGCAUUACAACAAGACAUCCUACCGUUAUAACAGAAUCCAACAAGCUUCACUGUUAAAAAUAGACAUACGAGAUAAAAUUAAUGGGGUAGUAAACAUUGCGAAUUGGUACUGAACUCGAAAAAUUAUGGUAUAUUUUGAGAAUAAACAUUUCACUGGACGUUUGAAACUAUGUUUUUAACUGUUCUUGAAGGGAACUGA